CACUCACUCGAUCGAUCGAUAACGACAUAACCAUCUCGAAAAUCAUUAAGGCCACGAAAAGAAAUACCCCAUAAAACCUACGGGAACUCACAAGACCUCAAUACAUUCAAGGCCAAAGUGCCCACUUGCUUAUUUACUCUUGAAAUAUUACGGGGCUUGCCGAUAGAGAUUGAAGGAGAUCUUGCUUCAGAUCUUUUGCGAGAAAAUGGAUUACAAACAAACACAAUCUCUCACAUCUUUUGUGGCCAUAUCCGCUUACGUCGCCGCUAUAGUACUCAUAAGUGGUCAAUUCAACGAGCUGGUUCCUGAGCCUUAUAUGGACGAAAUCUUCCAUGUUAAACAGGCGAGGACGUAUUGCCAAGGACAAUGGCUAGAAUGGGAUGACAAAAUUACGACGCCUCCUGGAUUAUAUCUUCCGAUCGCAAUCCUUCAUCAUCUUUUACCUUAUUGGUUUACAUGUUCAAUAAAUGGACUUCGAUCAAUGAAUGCAGUGUUACUAUGUAUUUUACCAUGGCUGAAUAGUAGGAUAUUAUCUCAUUUUCGAAAGACUCCUUAUCCACCUUAUCCAGGUGUAAAACCAAGGGUCCGAUUUUUAAUCCCAGAAGAUGAUAUUAUUUUGGAAGCCAUCGUGAUCUCCUGUUUUCCAAUCGCCUACUUUUCCGGAUUUUUAUUUUAUACCGAUAUCGCCUCAUUGGUAUCUGUCUUGGCUUGUUACGACCAGAGCUUAACCGGCCAUCAUAUCACGGCAGGUUUACUAGGUCUCCUAAGCUGCACCUUUAGACAAACAAAUGUCAUCUGGGUUGCCUUCAUUGCUGGUUCAGCCCUAUUGGCUCAAUUCAAACCAAUCCCAACGACCCCAGGAGAAACAGUCAAAUCUCCUACUCUACAACCUCAACCGAAACUCUUCAAUCCGCCUUUGAUGGAUUCUUCUUUACGUGUGCAUCUUAAGGUUUCUUAUAACUUUCCCCUUUUUUCCUUGUACAAUUUUUCAAUAUGCUUGGUCAUGCUACCUUACCUGUCCGUUAUGGGGUGCUUCAUGGCAUUUCUGAUUUGGAAUGGUGGUAUUGUCUUAGGAGACAAAUCGAGUCAUGAAGUCAUUGCCCAUGUUCCCCAAGUUUAUUAUUUUGUCGGGUUCACCGUGCUUUUCUUCGCGCCACUCGUGCUCGACAGACUACUUUUCAAGCGAUCUCUGCUAAGGUUAUGUCAAUCUUCAGUGCUCAAGUCUAUCAUAUCAUGUGUGGUCAUGAUUUGGACGGUCUAUAAGUUCACUUACGAACACCCAUUUAUUCUGGCCGAUAACCGUCACUACGUGUUUUAUGUCUGGCGAAGAGUGUUCAAGUUCCAUUCAAUCGUCAAGUAUGCUCUUGUACCGGGUUACCUAUUUGGUAUGAGACUUCUUUGGGAACGACUUGCCCGGUCAUAUACCACCACCUUACUUCUGAUGGUCUUCUAUGCAUUUGCUCUUAUCCUCACUCUCGUCCCUUCGCCUCUUAUCGAACCUCGAUAUUUCCUCAUUCCAUAUAUACUUCUUCGACUUCAUAUCCGACCAGUCAUUGAGGAGUCAAGGACAUGGUCCAUUCGAUUGAUUGGCGAAGGAAGUUUAUAUGGUAUUGUAAAUGCCUUCACGCUUGGUAUGUUUCUUUAUCGGCCUUGGAAAUCUCAGCCAGGCGAGUGGGAAGGGACAUGGCAGCGGUUCAUGUGGUGACUUGGAUGUUGCUUCUGUUGAUUUGGGUGAUGGAGUAGAAGACCAACGGUACAUAUUGUUGUAUUAAUGACUGUUUCAAAGUUGAAGGAAACUACUAGCGAUGAACAGGCUACUUGAAAGCAUGAGAUUCAAAUCCGCAUUGUACGUGCAAAGUACAUAAAUGCUUCGUCUUUUAUAAUAGUUC